AUGAUUGAGAUGAUUGCUGAAUUUGAUCCGGUGAUGCAAGAACAUGUUCGACGUGUGUCAAAGAAGGAAACUCAUUACCAUUACUUGAGUCACAAGAUCCAAAAUAAAAUUAUUCAACUACUAGAAAAUGAGGUAAAGGCUUCCAUCAUUGCAACAAUCAAAGAAGCAGUGUACUAUUAUGUUAUACUUGAUUGCACUCCAGAUGCGAGUCAUGAUGAACAAAUGUCUCUUAUCAUCCGGUGUGUUGAUGUUACAUCAAGUCCUAUUGUGCGAUGGCAAGUGUUCAAGGACUAUGUGCAAGGUCUUACUCUUAAGCCAUUAUUUGAAACACGAUUGGAAAGUCGUGUUGAAAGUGUGAAAGCAUUUAGAUUCCAAGCUCCCAAAAUAAGAGAUGCAUUAACUUACUUGGGGGAAAAUGAUGUUGAUUCUAAAACAAGGUCUGAUGCUCAAUGCCUGGCGAAACAUGAGAUGGAGAAUUUUGAGUUCUUAUUUGGCAUGGUUAUUUGGUAUGAACUGUUGAAUGCUAUCAAUAUUGUGAGUAAACUUCUUCAAUCAGAGGACAUGCACGUCGAUGUUGCUGUUCAAGAAUUGGCAAAGCUUAUUUCUUUUGUGCAUAACUAUAGAGAAAAUGGAUUUGAUAAGGCCUUGAUCAGACCUAAAGAAAUUACAAGUGAGAUGGGAAUUGCAGCUGAAUUUCGUGAAAAGAGACCCAUUAAGAAUAAGAAGCAUUUUGACAAAAGUGACAGUGAUAAUGAAGAGGUGGCACAAGCUGCUCUUGAAUCAUUUAAGGUUGGUUACUUCUAUUAUAUUAUUGAUCAAGCAUUUUCUUCACUUCAAAGUAGAUUUGAACAGUUUAAGAAAUAUGAAGAAGAUUUUGGGCUUUUAUUCAAGUGGGAGAAGUUGAAGUCCACAGAUGAUGAAACAUUGAUGAACUUUUGUAUGAAUCUUGAAAAGUUGUUCAAGGAUGGUGAUAAAUAUGAUAUUAUUGGGGCUGAACUAUUUGAAGAGUUGAGCUAUUUGAAAGGGUCUAUACCAAAAGAAGCACGAAGAGCAGUUGAUGUGUUGAGCUACUUGAAGCAAAUGGAUGGUUGCUACCCAAAUGCUUGGAUUGCUUACAAACUUUUGUUAACCAUACUUGUUACUGUUGCAUGUGCUGAGAGAAGCUUUUUGAAGUUAAAGUUGAUCAAAUCUUAUCUUCGAUCAACUAUGUCUCAAGAAAGACUGAAUGGUUUGGCUAUGUUAUCGAUUGAAAAGAAGUUGGCGAAAAAGCUUGAAUGUUUGUGCUUAAUUGACACUUUUGCUUCCAAGAAUGUAAGAACGGCAAUUUUUGAGUAA